AAUGGAUUUUCCUUUCGCGCUGGUCAAGAUUGGUACCAGCAAACAGAUAUGCAGUCUUAGAUACUGCGCCGCAUGCUCUAUAGGCAGACUCCUUCGAACCGGUCCACAUCAGUGAAAACAGGCUCUCUCGCAGAGGAGAGCGGCCAGCUAGCAUACAUAUCGAGCGUCGUAAUCACUCGCUAAAAGUAGAUUGACGAAAGCAUGCGUCGUUAGCUUUCCAGAACGUCGCCGAUGUUUGCUCGAAUUGCACACAUGCGGAACAAGCUCUGACAGUCGGGUUUGGCACGACAUAGUGUGAAGUUCGCACCGUUGCGUUGUGGUGGCCGAGAGCAACUGAUUCCGACCAUUCGCUUCCAGGACCAUCAGCUUCGUCAUAUAAUAAAUUUAUUAAUUUAAAUUGUGCAGUGGUCGUGUUCGGUGGUUUGGCGGUUGUUGAGGUUGCUAAAUAGAGCGACAUCGGUUCGCGCGUGCUUCCUUGACCAGGAGCCAACGAUCUUGGCAGCGAGGAGACAGACGAAAACAUCUGACGCGGCCAGCCGUUAGUAAAGAUUUAUUUAAAGUGUCCCAUUGAAGAUGCUGAUUCAGUUCGCGGUUUGUCUGCGGUCUGGUUGGUUGAUUGUGUCCGGUGAAGCCUCUUGCGAUAGACACUUUGGGGUUAGCUAGAUGCUAGAGGUUCACGACAGGCACGCGAGCGGCACGAGAUAUUGAAAGUGAAACUGACCAGGACGAUCGCGCGGAAGAACGUGGAACAAACUAGAGUUGUUCAGAAGGGAGACUCAGAAGUAUACGCGGAAUUUGACACACUACUUACUCUAAAGGACGGAGUAAUAUCGCGCCACCGACAGACCCGUUAACAAUGCCAGCCACGUUUGCACUGAGUGCCAUUCUGGCGAGUGUGCUGCUCCUGGGGCCACAGCUAACCAAGGCAGGAAACAGCACCAAGCGGCCACACAUAGUCAUUAUCCUUGCGGAUGACAUGGGCUGGAACGAUGUGGGACAUCACGGUUCAAACCAGAUUCCGACCCCAAACAUAGAUGCACUGGCCUACGAUGGCAUCCUCUUGAAUCGGCACUAUGCGGCACCAAUGUGUACGCCUUCGCGGGCGUCGCUGAUGACGGGACGUAAUUCGAUCAACACCGGGAUGCAGCAUUACGUAAUCGACACCGACGAACCGUGGGGCUUGGGAUUGGAUCAGAAAAUUAUGCCGCAAUAUUUUAAGGAAGCGGGUUACAAAACGCACUUAGUCGGCAAGUGGCAUCUGGGAUUCUUUGCGGAGUCGUACAUACCGACGAACCGUGGUUUCGACAGCCAUGUUGGUUAUUUGGGGCCAUUUAUCGAUUACUGGAAUCAUACUAUGAAGAUGCUCGCUCCUGAGAAGCAAUACGUCGGUUAUGACAUGCGACGAAAUACCACCGUCGACGCGCAAUCCAAUGGAACCUAUGCCACGGAUCAUUUUACCGACGCAGCUAAGUCUAUCAUCUCGGAUCAUAAUGCGGAAGAACCACUGUUUUUGGUUCUAAGCCAUUUGGCCCCGCAUUCCGGCAAUGAAGACGAUCCUCUGCAAGCGCCAGAAGAAACAAUCAGGAAGUUUGAGUACAUUUCUGACGUCGACAGGCGGACCUAUGCGGCAAUGAUUUCUAAACUGGACGACAGUGUUGGCGAAAUCUUCAAUAGCUUGCGAGAAAAACAAAUGCUGGACAACUCAAUCAUUCUUGUUAUGUCAGACAACGGAGCACCAUCCGUUGGGUUGCACAGCAACACCGGAUCAAAUUAUCCUAUGAAAGGACAAAAGAACUCUCCGUGGGAAGGGGCGACACGUACUAUGGCCGCUCUCUGGAGUCCUUUGUUGCGAGAACGGCAGCGAGUUUCGAAUCAAUUCGUCCACAUUACCGAUUGGCUCCCGACGCUGGCGUCGGCAGCUGGCAUAGAAAUUCCUUUUACCAACCUACAUUCGGAAAUCGAUGGCAUCGAUCAGUGGGAAGCGCUAUCCUACGACACCGGAAACCCACGCAGAGCAAUUCUUCACGUAAUCGAUGAAAUUUUCGGCUUCACCAGUUACAUGGAAAACGGAUUUAAGUACGUAAACGGAUCUACCAGGCAUGGUUAUCUUGACAAAUGGUUCGGUCUUUUGGACUCCAAUGAUAUAAUCCCUACUGACGAAGAAUAUUUGACUAAAAUCCUAGAAACUGACAUCGCCAAAUGGUCGAAUGAAUCACUGACGAAGGAUACGAUCAAACAUCUUCGGAAACACGCGCGAAUCCACUGCGGAAUGCCAGAAGAUAUCAACUUCUGCAAUCCGCUGAUCCGACCUUGUUUGUUCGAUAUCAUAAAUGACCCCUGUGAACUGAACGACAUUUCCCACAAAUAUCCAGAAAAAUUAGCGGAAAUGCAGUAUAAACUAAACAUCUACCAACGAUCUGCUGCUAAGCCACGAAACCAGCCGGACGAUCCAGCUGCGAAUCCAGCCAAUUUCGGUGGUAUUUGGACCUGGUGGCGAACGGAUGACGGUUCUUCGGAAGAACGUGAUUUUUCACCGGAAAUCGGUGAAGAUUAUCCGUGGCUGCAUCAGCUGGAAAUUCCUCCGCCACACUCCAGCCUGCCGGAGAAUGUCCGACUAACCGUGAUCAUCUCGAUCAUCGUCGUCGGUGUACUGUUCGUGAUGGGAGCUCUCAUAUAUCUGUCGAACAAAAAUCUGCUUCGAACCUGUAAGGGGGACAAAUCGGUAGAAAGCGGGCUUGCUAACGGCGAGAAACCUGCAAAUGACGCAAAGUGCACGUUACCUUCGAUCAGUAACCACAGCGGCGAUGGUAAACUGUCGGAUGGUUGUGAAAAUUCAUCGACGGCGCAAAUCGCUUCGAAAGCUUACCGAAUCAGGGAUAAUUUAGAAAGGGUUUUGCAGAAAUGUUUUGUAUAAAUGGAUCUCGCUGUACAUAUGACAUAAAAAGAAUUGAGUGUAUCGAAUUUCUUUCCAUUUGCAUUGUACUGCUCAUCUUAUCCAGCCAAUAGCUUUGAAGCUUCUGAAGUUACAGGAGAUCUUCUCACUUGCAAUUAGCUUAAGAUGAUUAGGAAACCAUUAUUUCUGUUCCAUCGGCAGUGAUCAACUUCUCAAUGAGGUUCACCUUAAUCAAUAGGCUUCAGCCCAUUUUAACUGGGAGAAGCUAAAACCGAAAAAAAAACAGAAAUACCAACCGAAUUUGCAACGCGUACGAUAUUGUGCAAUGGUUUUAAACUCAUUACCAAGCACUUGGUUUUAGCUAUUAAUAGAAUACGUUAGUUCGUGAUACGUAAGUAAGUAAACCAAAGAUGAUCGCAGAUGUAGCGUUGUCAUAAGCAAGCGAUUAGUGGACUUGGUCAAAACUAUGAAACCCACUCUACGGGAAUAGCUGAGCUACUAAUUUGGCUUAAUCGAUAUCUUGUGUACAUAAAACGGUUGAGCGAAAAAGAGAUAAGAAGA